AUGGUUCUUGCACAAUUUGACUACAUCUUCGCUAUUGCGAUGUUAUUCGCAUUCCUUGAUGCGUGGAAUAUUGGUGCCAAUGAUGUGGCCAAUUCAUUUGCAUCCUCGGUUUCCUCGAGGUCUCUUAAAUAUUGGCAGGCCAUGGUUCUUGCAGGGAUCUGUGAGUUCUUGGGAGCCGUUCUUGUGGGAAGUAGAGUUUCAGAUACUAUAAGAUCUAAAAUUGUUGAUGUUCAAGUCUUUCUGGACGAGCCAGCAGUACUUAUGUUAACUAUGACAUGUGCUCUUGUUGGAUCUUCCACUUGGUUGACUAUUGCUACCAGUAUCGGUAUGCCUGUUUCUACUACACAUUCUAUUGUCGGUGCGGUCAUUGGUUCGUCCAUUGCAGCAAGAGGUGCAAAGAAUAUCCGCUGGGGUUGGGAUGGUGUUUCUCAGAUCAUCGCUUCCUGGUUUAUUGCCCCUCUUAUUGCUGGUGCCUUCUCUUCCAUUAUUUUCCUUAUCUCAAAGUACGGUGUUUUGGAAGUUAAGGAUAUUAACAAAUCCAUUCGUAAUGCAUUACUUUUAGUUCCUGUUAUGGUUUUCGCUACCUUUUCCAUCUUAACUAUGUUGAUUGUAUGGAAGGGUUCCCCAUCGUUGCACCUCGACGAUUUAUCUACUGGUGCCACCGUAGGUGCUAUCUUCGGUGUUGGUGGUGUCGCACUCAUACUUUACAUGCUAUUCUUCUACCCUGUUUUCGCUAGAAAAAUCCAACAUAAUGAUUGGACUUUGAAAUGGUACUCAGUCCUUUGGGGACCAAUCUAUUGGUUCAAGCCUGUCUCAGACAUCCCACCAAUGCCUGCCGGACAUCAAUUGGUUAUCGACUAUUAUGAAGGUAGAAGAUAUGGAGUCACAGACUCAGGGGCUGCACCUGUUGAAACUUCUUCAGUCGAUUCUCAGACCAAGGAACACCCUAUUGAUGUUGAAAAUGUCGCAGUCGAAGUUCAAAGUAACUCUGUUCUUGCUACUGAAGAAAAAUCAGAACAAUCUACUAGGCAACUUUGGUGGUCCUUGUUUAAGCAAGGUCCAAAGCAAUGGCCAUAUUUAUUUUGGUUAGUUAUUUCUCAUGGAUUCACAAAAGAUAUCAUUAACAGUCAAGUCAUGGAUAAAGAUAUGCUCACUGGUGACCUUCAAGGAAUGCAUUCCAAAUCCAAGUACUACGAUAACAGAGUUGAGUUUUUAUAUUCUUUAUUGCAAGCUAUCACCGCCUCUACUAUGUCUUUCGCACAUGGUGCCAAUGAUAUCGCAAAUGCUACUGGUCCAUUAGCCACUGUCUACCUUGUUUGGCGCUCAAACACUAUUUCAUCAAAAGCAGAUGUUCCUGUAUGGGUUCUCUGUUACGCCGCUGGUGCUUUGGUCAUUGGAUGCUGGACUUAUGGUUACAAUAUUAUGAGAAACCUUGGUAAUAAGUUAAUCUUGCAAUCGCCAUCAAGAGGUUUUUCCAUUGAAAUUGGUGCUGCUGUAACUACUGUCAUGGCUACUCAAUUGGCUAUCCCUAUUUCCACAACACAGUCUGCAGUCGGUGCAACCGUUUUUGUUGGUUUAAUGAAUAUGGAUUUGAAGGGUGUCAACUGGAGAAUGGUCAUCUGGUGUUACUUAGGUUGGGUUGUCACAUUACCAGUUGCUGGUAUUAUUGCUGGUCUCUUGAAUGCAAUUAUCUUACAUGCUCCAAGAGACGGUGGAGACUAUACCAUGCGAAUCUGA